AUGCUUGACGUUAUCUUCCCAAGUCGCCCGGGGUCCGAGGCCAUCUCUGCUGUACGGACACCUGCGUUCCCCUACGAUGGCGGCGCCCACGGUAAAAGCACCGCGGGGGCCCAGGAGGACUUCCGUUUCUCCCCGCAGCCGUUACGACCCCUCGCGUCGGAAUCGCUGGGGUGGGCGUGGCCUUGUUGCGUCAUAGAGCGGGGCCGACGGGGCCGUAACGUCAUAGAGUGGGGCCGGCGGUCGGAACUCGGAAGUCCCGCGGCGAACGGAGGUCCUCGCCGGCCUCCCGGGUUCCUCCCCGUCGGCUUCUCUCGCGAUCGCGAAGGUGGGAAUGCGGAUGGAAAGUGGCUUCGGUUGUGGGCUCCGCCUUUUGUCGCUGCCGGCGGUGUCUGGAGAGGAACGGGGUCAGGAAUCCCUGACAUUCGGCGAUGUGGCCGUGGACUUCAGCCGGGAGGAGUGGCAGCUCCUGGCCCCGCUCAGAAGGGCCUGUACCGGGACGUGAUGCUGGAGAACUACAGGAACCUGGUGUCAGUGGGGUAUCCAGCCUCCAAACCAGAUGCACUCUCCAAGUUGGAACGCAGAGAGGAACUUUGGACAUUAGAAGAUGAAAUUCACAGUCAAAUCGGUCCAGGUCCUGAGUUGAGUCCCCAGGAGCAGGAGAACCCUGUGAAGGAGGAAGAAGUGACAGGAUCCGGUACCAGCAUUUCUGCUGAUACACGUGACGGAAGCCUGAGAUCGCUGAGCGGAGAGCUGAGCAGAUCCAGACCACGAAGAGCCCCCUUGCCAGCUGCUGAGAGGCAGGAGAGAUGAU